GAGAGCUCAUUGUGGAGGGCUGCAAGGCUCAAAACCUCCGCGUCGGAAACGCGAACUGGUGGAUCUCUGAGUCAGUGGACGACGGGAAUCGAAGGGGAGUGAGAGUGAGGGAGAUGGAGAUGGAAGAAACUGAAACCGAAGCCGAAAUCCUAGAACUUUAUGAGCUCCGGUAUUCAGAUUUGAUGCUGUUAGCUGCAACUUCUGUAACGUCUUCUACACCGCCGGAGGAGCUGGAGAGGGUGGAAGCAAUGAGGCGCACCAUGAUGGAAACCCUAGGCCAUGGAGGCCCCGGUCUUCUGUCUGUAACUGGCUUCCCUAGUGCCUCUCGUCUUCGCAGGAAGCUCCUCCCACUGGCUCGCAAGCUCGCGCUUCUAGACUUCGAAGACCGCAAACGUAUUCUCAAGAAGCAUAACUUGGGGAGCGACGUUCCUUUGAAGAAUCCGGACAGAAAGGUGUCUUCUUUUGCAAUGCAGCUUAGAUACGCUGAACCUCUCGAAUCAACUCAAAGUAAACCCGCUAAAGAAGCAGAUCCGUGUUUGAGGCCAGUACAUGAUCGUUUGGAUAUUGUGGACAAUUUGAGAGAACAUCAAGAUGAUGAUGACUUUAGAAAUCUUGGUGACACUUUUAUGGAGCUUGGGUCUUGUUUUAUGGAGCUGGGGCUUUGCAUUGCUAGAGCAUGUGAUAAGGCCAUUGGUGGGCAUGAACUCGAGAAGAGCCUGCUGGAUUCAGGGACGGCAAAGGGCCGCCUUAUACAUUAUCAUUCAAUUCUAGAUAGCAUUAAUUUAAAACAAGCUGACAGAAGAAGAAGAAGAGGAUCCACCAAAAAACAGGUUAAUCGUAGAAGGGACAAUGGUGACGAACACUCUGAAGUUAGGGAUUGUGAUAUUCAAUCUAAUCUAUGGCAGCAGUGGCAUCACGACUACGGUAUUUUCACUGUCUUGACAGAUCCCAUGUUUCUUCUACAUGAGGAGAAUAAAUUUUCAAUGGCUUGUGAUCGAGAGUGUUCUUCCCCAAGUGGGCAUACAUAUUUGCAAAUUUUUAAUCCUGCCAAGAAUAAUGUUCUCAUGGUGAAGACUUCUCCCGGGAGUUUUAUCAUCCAAGUUGGAGAAUCAGCUGAUAUCAUAUCGAAAGGGAAGCUUCGUUCGACCCUUCAUUGCGUAUGCCAACCAUCAAAGUUGGAGAAUGUGAGUAGAGAAACUUUUGUAGUGUUCCUCCAGCCUGCGUGGAGCAAAACUUUCUUCAUCUCAGAUUAUCCUAUUGAACACUGUCAAUUAGAAGGAGACCAUCCUGAUAAGGACGACCUUUUAGCACAAGAAAUUUCUAAAAUGAUUCCAUCACUUACUUCUCGGUUGAAAGAUGGGAUGACAUUCGCUGAAUUCUCGCGUGAAACUACCAAGCAGUACUAUGGUGGCACGGGUUUACAAUCCAACAGAUAGUGGUUUCUUGGGAUUCUGGUGGCAUAUUUGGGUAAAGCUUCAACUGAAAUUUGUUUCCAGAACAUGGGUUCAUAUUUUUCUUGAGUAAAUAUCAAAUAUGUUCAUAUUCUGUUUA